GAAUUUUUUUUAACAUUCAUCUUUGUUCUCUCUUUCUCAGCUUUGGCAGUUGGCACGAGCCUAGUCAUUGUCGUGCAGCUAUUCCGUCUCUCUUCCCUAAAACCUAAUAAAACGUUAGUCUAAGACGAUAGACUAAUAUAGUACUAAAAUGUAGCUUAUCAAAUAUCAACAUACUUCUUAUAAUUUUUGUUAAAUUUUUUAAAAUCUUUUGGGUAGAGGAGGAAGCAAAGAACAAAACAAGGCUAAUUUUUUUUUCUUUUUUACCAAGGCUAAGUUAGUGAACACUCUCAUGGGUCGUGGCAGGGCUGGAGAUACGUAUGAGCACAUUCAUCCUCGGUUUUGCGUAUGUGAAGCUUUGUGAUUUCAUUUUUACACACAAAAAACAUUUAUUUAUCCAUUACAAGUUUGUAAGUUGCAUGUAAUAUUGGAUAUUUCUUCUGUAUAUAAUUUCUUUUUAUAUGACAAACUAUAUUACCGUUAACCUUUUAAAUGAAAAAACUGCCCUUUUGGGCAUGAUGAUGAUGACUCAUGUUGAUUGAUGUAGUAAUCGAAUUGUUGGGAUCAUGACUUGGAAAACCAGAUAUGGAUUGAGCUCUUUUCUCAGGAUCUUUUGGGCUUUGGGCUAGCCUUUCAAUUUUGUUAAAAGCAAAAGGUUGGUGUUUUAAGGUAAUGAAAACAUUAAAAUGAGAAGUAUGAGAUAACAAUUAGGAAUGAACUGCUCAUGCUUUAAUAGUUAGUGAUUACUAGAAACACAAUAGAAACUAAACCUAAUUCAAUAAAAAGGACCGGUAUGGAGAAGACCAAGGCGUUAUGGCUUACAGUAAAAGUCUGACUGGUAUAACCACAACAGCUGCGGGAGCUUGCGGAUGCAGGUAGUUGCGGUUUUAAGAGAUUUGUACGACUAGUACUGCGAUUAGAAAUUGGUGCGUUUGCGAGAUACUUAUGACUGAUUAGCCACCAAAUACAACAGUGGUUAAAUAAUAAAUUAACAAUAUUUAUAUUUUAUAUAAUUAUAAAAAUAUUAAACAUCAUAAUAUUAUAUAAAUAUAAAAUUAUAUUUUUAAAAUUAUAUUUUUAAAUUUUUAAAAAUUAUAAAAAUAUUUUAUUUUAAAAAUUUAUAAUAAAAAUUAAAAUAUAAUAGAUAUAUUUUUAGUAUUUCUAUUAUUUUAAUUUAAAAUUUUUAUUUUUAUUUUUAUUUUUGUAUUUUUUAUUGUUUUUAAAAAACAAAAAAAAAACAAAUUUUAUCCUCCUGCAACCGUAAACGCUAGCUGGAACCAACUUUUGAAUUUAAGAGGUUUAAAAUGGUUUGAAUAAGCGAUUUAGAGCGGUUUGAGUGAUUGUUACAAAACGCCAAUAAUAACUACUAACCGUAAAAGCUGCGUUUGCGGGUGGUAGCGGAAAAACCAGUCAUGCCCUAAAUAAUUCCUAACAUUUUAAAUCAAGAAAACCUGUUACCAAUUAUUGUUUGGUUGUUUGAUUUAAAAUCAACUCACAAAUUUGAUUCAAAUGAUACAGUGUCACUUUAGCAUAUAUUUCAAUUCUAACAACCAUAAUAAAUGCAAAUGGAUUAAUUUUCUUAAAUUAAUCAAAUUUUAAUUAAAUCACAAAUAAUAUUUCUGCAAGAUUUUAAGAUUUUUUUUGGUUUUUUGUUCAUUCUAUAUUAUUUACGUAUUCAUCACCAUAUUGUCAUAAUUUUUUUUUACUGAUAUAAAAACUACACAAUGAAAAGACUUUCCUAGCAAUAUACAUGGAUCAUAAACUCGUUAAACCCAACUUUGAGGAACUAAAUAUAGUUUUAUAUGUUGUUAUUUGGUCAAAGAACAAAAAUGGACAAACAUAUCUAUUUAUGGUACUGUUUACAAAUAUCUUUAGUCAUGACUAGAGACCAAAUCAAUAGUUGUAAUUAGCUAUACUCCUAAAAAUAGCUAUACUCCUAAACAUAGAUGGGUGCUUGUAUUUUAAUCCAAUCGAAAUUUGUCAAAAUUUAUCGUAAAUCAAAUUAAUGUGUGAUAUUUGAAAAAAAAAACGAUGAAUCUAUAAGAGAAAAGUGACAUCUUAAAUCUCAAAAACAUUAAAAGAAUCAUAUUGAACACGUCUAGUUACAGUAAUCCAUGAUCUGGUCAAAAUGAUCUAAAAUUAGUUUAGUGUUCUAUUUGUGGUAAUGUAGAUAAAUAUCUUAGCCAUGACCAAAUCAAUAGUUCCCAGAUUCGCAAACUCUACUCCUUAAGAUAGAUGGGUGUUUGUUCUGUACCAUUAUUAUACAAGCUAGUCAAAUGUUAUCAAUACAUUUGUUAGUAAUUAGUAUGUAUUAAAUAAUUAAAAUAAAAUAAAAAUGAUUAUCUUGAAUGCAUUAAAUUUUAUUUGAUAUGUAAUCAUGAUUAAGUUUUAACCAACAAAUUAAGAUUUUUUGUAAAACUUUAAAAUAUUAAAUUAUGUGACUUCCUUAUAACCAUUCUAUAUAUAAUAAUUUUUUUUUGAGAAAAUAUAUAUAGUUAUUUAACUUCUAAAACCAGUAUAAUAUCAUAUUAAUAUUGUUUAUUAUUCAUAAAUAUUUUGAUAUUAUAUAUGUUAAUAUAUUUUUAAAUAAUACAUUCCAAGAGGUACGUUUUCAUUAAAAAAUGUUAUCAAUAUCUUAGAUCAUUUGUAUUAUUUCUAUAAUCUAAAAUUAUAACAAAUACGAAAAUAUUAUGGUCUAAGGGUUUAUAAAAAAUUUUGGUUUGUUACACCUUUCAGUUUUUUUUUGUGUGUUAUAGAACUAUAUGAAUCAUCUAGUUACAGACUCAUUGAGACAUAUUAUUUCAUCCUGAUUUUUUUAUGGUGUAUAAAAAAGCAACUACUACUGUGAAAGAGACAUCAUCAUCCUGAAAUAUGAGACUAUAAAACACACACAAACAAGUAAAAAUACAAGAGAAGAAAGAAAAUUGUAAGUCUUUUCAUAUUAAAAAUAAAUAAUUAAGUCAUUUUCUCAUCUAUAAAUACCUUAGACACACUCUUCACAUCGAAUCGAUUUUCCCCUCACCAAUCCUCUCGAUCAUUGGAGGAAACUAAAAGGAAAAAAAAAAUCGACAUAAGAAUAAAAACAAUUUCCCUUAAAAAUAAGGAAAUGAUAAACUUUGAAGAAAAUAUACAAAACACAAUCUCUCUCACUUAAAGCCCCUAGACAAUCUAAUCCUCCCAUUAUUCUUUUAAGGAUCGGUGAUUCUCUAAAAAGGUAAACGCACGAGCAUGGCGGCCGCGGUUGCGACGGGGGUUGCACCGUCGACAAUGAUUGAUCAAGUUCCGAGUCCGACGGCGGCUCAGACUUCGGUUCAGGUUUCGGUUUCGGUACCGGUUCAAUCUCCAGUGGUUGCGGCUGAUCAAACGCAUCCGAAUUCAUCGCUCUACGUGGGAGAUCUAGACCCGAGAGUGGCCGAAGCACAUCUGUUCGAUCUGUUCAAACAUAUCGCUAGUGUUGUCUCGGUCCGAGUCUGUCGCGAUCAGAACCGUCGAUCUUUGGGAUAUGCCUACAUCAAUUUCAGUAACCCUAAUGAUGCUAUCCGCGCAAUGGAGGCCUUGAACUACACUCCCCUCUUCGACAGGCCCAUCAGGAUCAUGCUCUCGAACCGUGACCCCAGCACGCGAAAGAGCGGCAAAGGUAACAUUUUUAUCAAAAGCCUAGACGCCUCUAUCGACAACAAGGCCUUGUUCGAAACCUUUUCGAGUUUCGGAACCAUCCUCUCAUGCAAAGUUGCAACUGACGUGACCGGACAGUCCAAGGGAUACGGGUUCGUCCAGUUCGAGAAGGAGGAAUCUGCUCAAGCAGCAAUUGACAAACUAAACGGAAUGCUAAUGAACGACAAGCAAGUAUACGUGGCACACUUCAUCAGACGCCAAGAACGCUCUCGGGAAGAAAACGCCCCUACGCCGCGUUUCACUAACGUGUACGUCAAGAAUCUCCCCAAGGAGAUUGGUGAGGACGAGCUAAGGAAGACGUUUGGUAAAUUUGGAUCGAUUUCGAGCGCGGUUGUGAUGAGGGACCAGAGUGGAAACUCGAGGUGUUUCGGGUUUGUCAACUUUGAGUGUGCCGAAGCAGCGGCGCAAGCCGUUGAGAAGAUGAAUGGGAUUAGCUUAGGGGAUGAUGUGUUGUUCGUUGGGAGGGCGCAGAAGAAGUCUGAGAGAGAGCAAGAGCUGAGAAGGAAGUUUGAGGAAGAGAGGAUGAACCGGUUUGAGAAAUCUCAAGGAGCAAAUCUGUAUUUGAAGAAUCUUGAUGAUAGCGUUGAUGAUGAGAAACUCAAGGAGAUGUUCUCUGAGUUUGGAAAUGUAACCUCUUCCAAGGUUAUGGUUAAUCCACAAGGAAUAAGCAGAGGGUUUGGUUUUGUUGCUUAUUCCAAUCCUGAAGAAGCUUCAAGAGCCCUGAAUGAAAUGAACGGGAAGAUGAUAGGAAGGAAACCACUUUACAUAGCUCUUGCGCAGCGCAAAGAAGAUAGACAAGCACAUUUACAGGCGCUGUUUUCACAGAUUAGAGCACCAGAGUCAAUGCAAUCUCCAAUGACGGGGUUUAAUCACCCACGAGGUGGACCAAUGCAUGGUCCACCUCAGCACAUGUACGUAGGCCAGAAUGGGCGUUCAAGCAUGGUCCCAUCCCAGCCCAUGGGAUAUGGAUUCCAGCCUCAGUUCAUGCCCGGGAUGCGUCCAGGUUCUGGCCCAGGCAACUUCAUCAUGCCUUAUCCUCUUCAGAGACAACCUCAGGCCGGUCAUAGAAUGGGAUUUGGGCGCGGUGCUACUAACAUGCCACAUCACAUCCAACAACAGCAACAACUUAUACACCAUAACCCGAGCCCGGGAAUGAGAUACAUGAAUGGUGCGGGUAACGGGAGGAACGGAUUGGAAUUGAGUGUUUCACAAGGAACGUUGCCUCCAGUCAUGCCUUUGCCAAUUGAUGCUUCUUCAAUUGGUAUUGUUGCUCCUCAAAAUCACCAGAAAGCUCCUCUACUUCCAAUCUCUAAGCUCACUUCUCUCUUAGCUUCUGCAAGUCCAGCUGAUCGCACACGGAUGCUCGGAGAGCGACUAUACCCACUUGUGGAAAGGCAGGAACCACUUCACGUGGCUAAAGUGACAGGAAUGUUGUUGGAGAUGGAUCAGGCCGAGAUAUUGCACCUGAUGGAGUCACCAGAGGCACUCAAGUCUAAAGUUUCUGAGGCAUUAGAUGUUCUCAGGCUUUCUGCUGAUGCACCUGAUCAUGAUCUUGGUUUCUCUACCAUCGACUGAAAUCUCCACCUUCUUUUUUAUUUUCCUAGUUUUAUACUAUGGAGUCUUUCUUUAGUCUUUUUAGCAACUUUCUAUUUAUUAAAACUUAUGGUUUUGAGUCUUUUAACUUAAUAUUUGGUCCAUUCACUGAAUCACAACAAGAAUCUACUUCAAUUAGUUUA